CUGAGUUCAGAGUCUUGACUGAAUCGUGGCGCGGUGCCAGCUGAACCUCCCCCAAGAGGCGGAGUGGGCAGCUUCUGAAACCUCCCGUAGCCUCGCGGUGGAACCCGUGCUCUGAAGGCGGUUAUUUAUACUGGUCAAGGUGUUGUUGAGAAGCGUGAGAGGGCAAAGAGGGCAGCAUCCUCACUUGCCCGCGGAUUCCAGUUUUUUCUUGUGCAUGUCCUCAGAGGGUCACUAGAUGACUGUGGCGAUACUAACAGCCAAGGUUCGCAGACAUUCGAGCUUCAGUGCGGAGCGCCAGGUCUCACUACUCUCUCCCUCUUUGACCGUGGUCCUGCCUUGCGUCUCUUGCUCUUGUCGUCUGUUGCCUGGCAGCUGUUGUGGUGAUCUUCUCCUGCCAUGAGGGCGGCUGUAACCAGUACUGCUCUCUACCUGAGAGCCCCUCUCUUAGUGCUUGGUCUGGAAGUACUUCUGGUCUUAGCCAACUGCCUCGACUUGUCCCUAGUGCUUCCCCCAAGGUCAGCUGAGCGAGUGAUCCCCAAGGAAAUAAGUCCCCCGACGUGGGGUCCGAAGGUGUCUGGACAACUCUCCUACAGUCUGUACAUCACAGGCAAGCAGUAUAUCUUGCACCUACUACCGAAGAAGCUGCUGCUACCCCGGCACCUGCCCGUGUCCAUCUACACCACCCAGGGAGUUCUGCAGGAGGAGGAUCCUUUCAUCCGGAACGACUGUUACUUCUAUGGCUACUUGGAGGGGGCCCUUAAGUCCAUGGCUGUCCUCAGCACCUGCUUGGGGGGUCUCUGGGGAAUGCUCCAGGUGAACGAGAAAUACUAUCAAAUCCAGCCCAACCGGGCUUCCUCCACCUUUGAGCAUCAUCUCUACCGAGUGGCAAACAUAGGCACUAAUAAUCUGACUCGUGCUUUAGCCAAAGAGGAGCUAUAUAAGAACUUCUUCCAGGUCCACUGGACCACAGCAUCCCAACACAGGUCCUCUUUGGAUGAUGACCAAUUGCAGAGACAGUAUGUGGAGAUGGGAGUUGUAGUGCACAAUUCAAAGUUCAAAUAUCUGACGGACAACCUAACUGUGGUGCUACAGGACAUGCUGUUCACUCUCAACCUGGUGGACACGCUAUUUAUGCAGAUCAAGGCACAUGUGUCUUUGUCUUCUUUGGAAUUCUGGAUAAAUCCUAGCCCAAAGAAUAUAGUCAAGAAGCUGGGAAGAAUUCUUGCUAAUUUCCCCAACUUGGAAAGCAGGAGCCCUGUGGAGCAGCAAUAUUGCGAUUUUCUGCAUUUCUUCCAGGAGCACAGUUUCAAGCCCAUCAUUGGAAUAGACUGGAGGUCCACAGUAUGCAACCUUUCUCCUGGUGUGGUCAUUAAGACUAAUCUUAGAUUCCUGAUCAUUUUCUCUGUCCUCAUUUCUCGUGAAAGGAGGAAUAAUUUAGGGAAGCCUAAUCUAAAGGAAAACUUGCAAGGUCAAAAGAAAUCCUUCCUCUUGGGCAGUAGGACCCAAACCUCUGGAUCCUCCAAAAGUAGCUGUACUUUUGGGGGUCAUCUGGCUUCAAUAGGCAGUUGGGCUGACUGUCUCAGUGGCACAUCUAUGGUGAGGAUGGAAAAACGGAAAUGUGGAAACAAAGUUGUGGAAGAAGGAGAGGAAUGUGACUGUGGCUCUAAGGCACAAUGCAGAAAUAAUCCCUGUUGCCAGCAAGGCUGUAUUCUGUCCAAAGGGGCCGAAUGUAGCACUGGACUUUGCUGUAAAGAUUGUAAAAUUCUUCCAGCUGGAAGGGUAUGUCGAGGACAGGCCAAUGAGUGUGACCUCCCAGAGUUCUGCAAUGGAACUUCAGGGUUUUGCCCAGAUGACAUAUACAAACAAGAUGGCAUACCAUGUAGUGGGAAAGGAUAUUGUUACAAGAAAAGGUGUGGAAGUCAUCUUCGGCAGUGUCAAGCUCUUUUUGGUCAACAAGCUGAGAAUGCUCCCCCAAAAUGUUAUCAGGAAGUAAAUAGUAGAGGUGACAGGUUUGGUAACUGUGGACCUGGGCAAGUGUCCUUUUUCAAAAGCUGUGAUACCCAGAAUAUCUUAUGUGGAAGAGUGCAAUGUGUCAAUAUUGACACCAUUCCUCGGGUACCUAAAUAUUAUACCCUGAUUCAGACUUACUUAAAAGAACCACUUGCAAAGGAAGGAGUCUUGUGUUGGGGAACAGCUUUUAACAAGACUGCAAAAAAGAAGGGUUUAACUGAUCUUGGAGCUGUGGAAGAUGGCAGCUCUUGUGGUGAAAAAAUGAUAUGUGUUAACAAGACCUGCCUCAAUAUCUCUAGCAUCCAUCAGGAGUGUGUCCCAGAGCAGUGCAACUAUCGAGGUGUGUGCAACAACAGAGGGAAUUGUCACUGUGAUCUUGGAUGGGCCCCUCCUUUCUGUCAGAAGCCUGGCUAUGGAGGAAGCAAUGAUAGUGGACCAUUAGUAGAUCCUGGGAGUGAGACUAACCCAAGUUUCCUAUCCUGGAGGACUUAUUUAAUUCGAGGUAGCAUUUGCUCAAGUUUUGUAAUGCUUAAGUGGGCUGUGAUAGUGUUGUAUAAAAAGAGAAAGUAGGAAAAAAAAAACUUAGGGAGAAAAUUAGUUAGGCAGUCAAAGCAGCCUAAUCCAAGAUCUCAUGAAAAACCUACUCUGAUGCAUCGGAAAGUUUGCCCCACAAAUGAGACUUCAAGGUUAGUCUAUCUAUCAUCCAUUAGAAUUCUAGCAAUACUACUUCAAGAAGAUGAAGAUUUUAGCACUGUUGUCAUGUUAGAGUACCUUGUUUCUCAAAGGCUCCAAGAAUGUUCAUCCAUUUACCCCAUAUUUUUUCCUUUUUCUGCUUGAAAAAUAAAUGCUCUUUAUAUCUUAGAA